AUGGAAGAAAAACUUAAUUUGCAUAUCUACCCACUACAAAGACUAAAAGUGUAUAGUGAGCCCAAUCAAAUUGAAGUGAAAUUAAAAACAUUGAAUGUAAAUAAUUAUCUAAAACAACAUGAACAAAGCAAUAUAUUUGACUACCAAACAAAAGCCAUUAACUAUCCUUAUAUGGUUUAUGAUUCCAUAAAUCCAAAUAUUUUAAACGAAAUAAAAAAUUAUUAUGGAUCAGAUCAAUUAUAUGAUUUAAUAAAAGCAUCAAAGCAUAAGAAUGUAGAAAAUAGUAAAGAAGGUUUGUAUUGGCAUGACAAAAAAUACGAAGAUGUAGUGAGCCAAAUUAAUGAAGAAAUAGGUGCAUCAUCCAAAUUAGGAGAGAAAGAAAAAAAACGAAAAAAACAAAGACAAAAAAAAGAAACUCAUGAAAAUUAUGAAAAAAAAAGUAAAAAAUUAUUUAGUAUGGAUAGUAAUUAUGAUAGUGAACUGUCUAGUGAGUCAAGUAAUGAUAGUUAUAUUUAUAGUGACGAUAGUUAUGAUAGUAAUCGGAUUGAUCAAAAUAAAGAGUUUUUUUUUGAAAAUGAAAAAGAGAACUCAUAUAAUAAGUUAAAGAAAUAUAAAACUAGUGAAAAAAUUAAAAAAAAUAUAUAUAAAGAAAAAUAUAAUGAAAAUAUAAUAAACUUUUUAUAUAAUUCUAAAGAAUAUGAAAAGGGAAUAAGAGAUGAUAAUAUUGUAGUUAGUACACCAAACGAUGUAAUAAAUACAUUAGGAACUUUUUAUAUACAAAAAAAUGCAUAUAUGAAUAAUAAAUAUUCAUAUGAUAUAAAUUUUCGAUAUAAAACUCCAGUUUUAUUUUUUCCAACUGGUUUUUUUAAUAAUAAUAUACAACUUAUGGAAGUAAGCAUAGACAAGUGUGUAUAUGAUGAAGAUUAUGAUAAAACAGGAUGUAGUUAUGAAACUAUUUAUAAUAUGACAAGUAUGUAUAACAAUAUAGAUAAUAUGCCUGUUAAUAUAAAAUUCGAUUUUAAUAAAAAAAUUCAAAUUAUUCCAAGUAAAUUAGUUAAUCAUGAUAAGUACAAUUUAAAACGAUUACCAUCAUUUUACAGUUUUAAUAAAAAAAUAAAAUUAGCAGAAAAGUAUAAUAAAAAAAGUGGAUAUAAAAAUAAAUAUAAAUUAGAUGCAGAUCAAAUUUUGGCGCAUAAAAUUCAAAGAAAUGAAGUUGAAAAAUAUCAAACAUCAUAUAAUCCCAUGAAUAGAUAUUUAAAAAUAAAAGAAAUAAAAACAGAUCAAAAUAAUAUUAAUGAGACGGUUGUGUAUGCACGAAAUGAUGUAGGCCUGUUUGUUUUUUACGUGAAUUUUUACGAAAAUAUUUGUGACAAUAUUUAUGAAAAAUUUUACGAAGGGGACGUUGUCCAAUCUUUGAGAGGUUCUAAGUUUGCAUCUAAUAAUGUAGGUUUGCUUACUUCUACCAAUACAGAUUCUUUCGAAAUAGCUAACUAUAAUAUUAAAAUAAAAAAAGAUAUACAUCUAUUUGAUAGAUUGUUUCAAAUAUGUCCUAGCUCAACAACAUUUGGUAAAUGCUACUUUUUAGGGAACCAUAAUAGUUUAUAUACAUAUGAUUUAAAUUCAAACAUAAUUGAUCUCAAGGAUUUAAAUUUGAUUGAAAAUAAUGGAGGUAAUAAAAAUAAUCGAUUAAAUAAAAAGUUUAUAUGUUUAUGUGAUUUAAAUGAUAAUAAUAAUAUUUUAUUGGGUUCUAAAAAUAUAUAUAUAUAUGAUGAUAGAUGUAAAAUGAUAACAAAAUUUAAUACUAAUUUUGGACUCACUAAAAAGAUAUUUAAAAAUAGAAUAUCUUAUACAACUUAUUUUAAUUCAAAAGAAAAAAAUCUGAACAACACACAAGCUUAUAAUACAUAUGCUGAACAUAAAAGUCGUCAACAUUUUAAUAGAGGUUAUACAGCUAUAGAAAAAAAUCCUGAUUAUCCAUAUAUCAUUGCAUCUGUAAAUGCAUCUUUUAAUAAUAUUGAAAUAUGGGAUAUACGGAAUCAAUUUGAACCCAUAUUUAUAUUUCCAUUAAAUAUUUCAGAGUUUGUUUCAAUCUAUUUUAGAUACAUUGAAUGGAUAAAAAUAAACCCUAAUUCUAUUAAUAAAUCUCAAACAAAUAAUGCUUAUAAUUUAUUUACAUUUUCAUACUACCAAAAUAUGGUAUACAUAAGAAAAAUUAUUAUUUAUGAUAACUUCACUAAAUAUAACGAUUUAGGUAUUCAAACUUAUACUAACACUCCAUCCUUAGACCAUCUUAACUAUAAAUAUAAUUACAAUUUUUCAGAAAAUGAUCCUGAACCCGUUUCACAAAAUAUGGCUAGUUCAAUGGAAACUAGAUGUGAUACCACUAAUAAAACAAACGAAAAUGAAAAGAUUCAAAAAAUCGAAACAAAUUUAAAAGCAUCAAAUAUGUUCAUAAGAAAAAAUAUUUCAAUGAAUCACAUAUUCAGUUAUCGAAAUGUUAAAAUGCAUAUUUCAGAUUCUUUCAUUUUAGAUGUAAGUAAAUAUAAUCAGAUGCAAAAAAAUAAAAUGAGCUCAAUCAAAAUACAAAAUGAAGACAAUACAAUUAAUUCAAUAAAUACAGAUAUGUAUAAUAUUUUUUUUGGUUUAUAUGGAGCAACAUCUAUACAAUUUGCUAUUCCAACUUUAUAUUGCUCAAAAAAAAGUGAUUCAAAAAUAGAAUCUAAUGAACCCAAAUUAGAAAAAAGGAAUUAUUAUGAUGAAGAAACGACUCAGAUGUAUACAUACUUUAUUAAAAGAAAAAAAAAAAAAAAGGUAGAAAAAAAAAGACAAGAAAUUGAAGGUAUAAAAUUUGAUUAUAUACAAUUCAUUUUUCAUAUAAAUUCAGCAGGACAAAUUUUUUGUACACCACUAAAUAUAAAUAUUAAAAAGUUAACGACAAACCAAUUACAAAAUUGGAUUCCAAUAAAUAAACUAUAUCAUACUCAUACAUAUAUAAAUGAAAAUGUAGAAAAUUUAUUUAGUCAGCUUGUAAAUAUUUUGGAAAAUCCAAACGACUCAGAAGGUAAGGAAGCCACAUCUACCAAUCGAAAAGGUUCAAAUUCAAAACUGGAUUCCAUUCAUGAGGAUAACAAUAUUAAAGACAUGUUCAAUCUUAAAAGGGAAAAGAAAAAAACGAGAAAUAUAAACAAAAUAAAAGAUGAAAUGCUAAACCUAAAUAAAGAAAACUUAUAUAUGCUAAAAAAUGAUUCAUCAAUUUAUUCAAAUAUUUCUAAUGAAACUUUUGCAAAAAUAUUUAACUUAAUUACAAAAAAUAAAACGCUUGUAUUAAAAAAUAAUUAUAAUACUAUACAAAUAGUUAAAUAUAACAACCAAAAAAUAAAUCAUGAAUAUUUUUUGAAACUAAAAAAGUUGAUAACAAAAAUGGACAAUUCGCACGCUGCACAAAUGUCUAACGAACGUAAUCAGCUUAGCAGUUUGCUACCUCAAAAUGUGAGCAUGCGUAGGGAAAGGGAAAAUGAAAAACAUGUAGAAGACUUACAUGAUGAUACAGAAAAGGGGAAUAGUAUAUACCAAUAUAAUAUAGCAGAAUUUAGUAAACAUAUUGAAACUGCUUUUAUAAAAAAUGAUAAUAAUAAUUUACGUAAAAAUGAAAUAACAUCAGAUUUUAUAAUUGAAAAUAUAAAGGAUAUGUCUAUAAAUAAUAAGAAAGGUAUUGAAAAAAAAAAAAAAAAAAAAUCACAACAUAAUAAUGCACAAAUAUUAUAUGCAAAAGAUAAUCCAAUCGAAUUAUAUUCUAAAAAUAGUAUUAAAAAGGAAUAUAAAAAUGAAGUUUUAAAAACAAAUAUACUAAAUCAAGGAUUGUAUAUCAAAUUAAAUAAAAUUAUAAAUACAUUUUUUAGAGAAGGUAAAAAAUCAACUGCUUCUUUUCAUUAUAAUAAUUUUUUUUAUGUACAAACAUUAACUAAUCUAAAAUAUUCUGCAUAUAAUUUAAAUGAAGAGAUGAUUAAAAAAUAUAUAAACGAUAGUUACCCUUUUGUAACAUAUUCCCCUAAUUUUCAAGCAUCUAAAAUUUUUAAAAAUAAAGACAACAUUUCAAAUGAUUCAAAACUUUUUUAUUCGGACUCCUUUAAUUUGUUUCAAUUUAUAUUACACAACUUAAAAGAAAGCAAAAAUUUUAAAAAUAAAAAUGAAAAAAUAAUUCAAGAUCAAAAAAGGAAUAAAAAACGAACUAGCCAAUUAGACCAAAUAGAAAGCAUGUACUUAUAUAUGGACGAAACUAAUUCUGAAAAAAGUUUAAAAAAUAAAUAUGAGAUGAAUAGCAUUGUUAAUUCACAAAAUGAUUAUGAAAAUUUUUCAAAUAUGGGUAUAGACGAUCGUCAAAGUUUAGAUAAUUAUAUACUGUCCCAAUCUAAAGAGAUAGAAAAAAAUGAUAUAAAUACAACAACAGAACAAACAAAAUAUUCUACAUCAAUCAUAAAAAAAGUAUACGAUUUAAAAGAACUUCUUGAACUUUACAAUGAGAAAGGAAUUGUUUACAUUUUAAAUGCUAUGACAAAAUUAAACAAAUUGCAAAAAAAUAAUAAUAAAAAAAAAAAACGUAAUAAGAAUUAUAAAAAAUUAAAAAAUACAUUUUCUACAAUUUCAAAAGAGUUAAAUAAAUAUGUCUCUAUCAAAAACUUUUUUUUUUACGAAUCCCCAAUAUGCUAUUGCUUAUACAACAAUGACUAUAACAACAAAAUGCAAUAUAACACUUAUAUUAAUUAUUAUGAUUUUCUUUUAAAUGUUGUUUUAUUUUUUAAUAAUACACAAUCAGUAAUAAACCAUAUCAAAGUGCUAUACCCUAAUGAACAUAGCCAAUGCUCACAUACUUUGAAAAAAAAAAAUAAAUCGACAUGCAUAGAAGAAGAAGAAGAAGAAGAAAAUAAGAAUAUUAGCUGUUAUGAAAAUGAGAUUGACAUUUUUGAAAGACUUCGAGAAAGAGAGGCAUGUAUUAUUAUGGAUAAUAAUAAGCAUGAUGAAUUGAAAAAGUUUAAAAAAAAAAAUAUAUUAUUUUUAAGUAAAGAUAUGACAUAUGAAUGUUUUCAACAUAUUUUACAAAAUGAAUAUUAUAUACCAAUACCUAAAUAUAUGAACAAUAAAAUAAAAAUUAAUGAAGACAACUUUUUAUGUACACCCAUCACUUGUUUUAAAAAUUAUUCAAUCGCAUUUUAUAAUAAAAAAUUAUUUGAUAUAUAUGAUUCAAUUAGUUUUAAUAAUUUGAAACAUUUUGAUAUACACACAUAUGUAUAUAAUGAAUAUUUUAACAUAAAUAAUAAUAAUAAAAAUUCUCUACAAAUGUAUGUUAAUAAAAAAGAGACUAACUUAUAUAAUAAUGCAAAUAUAACUGGUUAUAUGGGGGGAUAUAAAGUUGACUAUAAUUUGGUAAAUAAGUUGAAGAAACUUUGGCCAGCAAAUGAUGAAAACUACAAGUCAAAAGAAAAUUAUAUGGAAAUGAUGAAAAAUCUUAAGAACAGGGAAAAAAUUAUUUUUCAUAAAUAA